UUAGGGUUUCCCAAGAAGAGGCGGCGGCGCUCGAGCACGCCCGCUCCUCUCCUUGUUAAAAACGGAGCUCACCUUCCAGCUCGAUUCCGUUGCGGCUCACCUCGUCUCCAACUCCGACAGGCGCCAGCGCGUUCCGCCGCCGGGACACCUCGGGCGGCCGCCGGACCUCGCCUCAGUGGUGGAUCUGCCCCUGCCCGUCCGCCCUCCUACUAUUUCUAUCGCUGUGAGCUUGUGCUUCUUGCUAAAUUAUUUUGGUGCAAAUUCAUAAUCACUGAUGGGGAAGGCAAAGCGCGCAUCCAUCUUCAUCAGGCUGGUUUCAGCAGCUGGUACUGGAUUUUUCUAUGUGAAGCGCAAGAAUCCUCGGCGGAUCACCGAGAAACUUGAAUUUAGGAAGUAUGACCCCCGUGUGAACAAGCAUGUUCUAUUUACAGAAGCGAAGAUGAAGUGAGAUUUUUCGAACAGACGACAGGAGGUUGCCAAGUUUAUAUCAGCUUAAUUGGCCCCUCCAGGUUGUAGUCACGGUCACAACUGCUGGCUUGCAUACUGAUAACUGAUCAGGUGGAUCAUUUGCAUGUUGUCUGUCUAUAAAUCAUUAAGGGCUCGUUUGGAUCCUCUGAAUUGGGUUGAAUUGGAUUUCGAUUCUUGAACCCUUUGGCAUA